AUGAACCUGGUCACGCUUUAUCCCGCUAGCGAUCGAAGCUUUUCAAAAGGCGAGUGGAUAUCGUCUGUCGUUUUGUUUUCGAGUCCCACGUAUCGCAGCAUCUACGCCAAGGAUGCGUACGCCGACCUGGGGCUCGGGGUCGACACCAUUGCGUACCUCGACCUGACCCCAGUCAUCGACACCAUGUGGAGCCUCUUCACGGCCUCUGUGUAUAGAUUCGGCGACAACAAGUUUCUGGGGAAGCGCUCAAUCGUAGAUGGCAAGGCAGGCCCGUUUGUGUGGGACACCUAUUCCCAGGUGCACGACAAGGUGUUGCAUCUGGGAUCAGCGUACCGUGCUGCUGGGCUGGAAGCGAACGCCAAGGUGGGCAUCUACGGUAUCAACUCGCCCGAGUGGUUCAUGGCCAUGGAGGCAUGCAACUGUCAGUCGAUGCAGUGUGUGCCACUGUACGAUACACUGGGUGCGGAGGCAGUGUCAUUCAUUCUCAACCAUGCGGAAGUGGCUCUCGUGGUCGUGCAAGCAGCCAAGAUACCUGCUCUGCUCAAGAGCCUGCCCAACUGCACUGAGAAUGUCAAGACCGUGGUGAGCAUGGGCGACCUGGAUGCGGAGUCCGCCAAGGCACUGACAGACAUGGGCGUGAAGGGAGUCAGCUGGGACGACUUUCUGAAAGAGGGCGAGGCGAAGCCAGUGGAGCCAUGCCCCUCCAAGCCAGAGGACAUCUGCACCAUCAUGUACACCUCAGGCACCACGGGAGAGCCCAAGGGCGUGAUGAUAACGAAUCAUGCCCUCGCCACUGCCGUGGCGGGCACCAAGCGCUUCUGCGAGGUUAACAACUGUGUGCUCACCGAAUCGGACAUCUACAUUUCCUACCUGCCCCUGGCACACAUCUUUGACCACGUGGCCGAGGAGCUUAUGACCCAUGUGGGGGGCUCCAUUGGCUUCUGGCAAGGGGACGUGAGGAACCUCACAAAUGACUUGGAGGCCCUCAAGCCCACCUUCUUCUGCGGAGUGCCGCGCAUCUUUGACCGCAUCCACUCGGCCGUCAUAUCUAAGAUUGAGUCCACGGGCGGGCUCACCAAGAUGCUGUUCGACUAUGCCUACAGCACCAAGCAAGCGCGCCUGGCGGCAGGGGUGAAGAUUCGAGACGCCACGCCAAUCUUUGACUUCCUCGUCUUCAGCAAGAUCAAGGCACGGCUGGGUGGCAACGUGCGGAUUAUCUGCUCCGGUGCUGCCCCUCUCGCCCCUCACGUGGAGGAGUUUUUGAAGAUUGCCAUGUGCUGCCCCGUGGUGCAGGGGUAUGGUCUCACCGAAACCAACACGAGUGGCUUCAUCUCGUACGCGGAUCGCAUCGAGCAGGCCGGCACCGUUGGCCCGCCCAUGCCCACGCUCGAAACCCGCCUCGAAUCCAUCCCCGAGAUGAACUACGAUGCUAUUGGUGCCAAACUGGAAGGAGAAUCAGGGGAGGCGGUGCAUCCCCCGAGGGGGGAGGUGUGCAUUCGCGGGCCGAUUCUCUUCUCGGGGUAUUACAAGCGCGAGGAUCUGACCAAAGAGGCAGUGGAUGCGGAGGGGUGGUUCCACACGGGCGACAUUGGCGAGUGGCAGGCAGAUGGGUCGAUGAAGAUCAUCGAUCGGAAAAAGAACAUUUUUAAGCUGGCUCAAGGGGAGUACGUGGCUGUGGAGAAUCUCGAGAACGUCUUUGGCAACUGCACUGCUAUUGACAUGGUGUGGGUGUAUGGCAACAGCUUUGAGGCAGUGCUGGUGGCGGUGGUGGUACCAAACAAGCCGACGCUGCUAGAGUGGGCCAAGGGGGCAGGUGUGGAGGGGGAUUAUGCUGCCCUGUGCGCCACUGAGGAGGCAAAGAAAUUUAUUCUCGGGCAGCUGACUGAGACAGGAAAGAAGGGCAAGCUGAAGGGCUUUGAGAUGGUGAAGGCGGUGCAUUUGGAGUCACAGCCCUUUGACAUGGAGAGGGACCUGCUCACGCCCACGUUCAAGAAGAAGCGUCCUCAGCUGCUCAAGUACUACCAGGCGCAAAUUGAUGCCAUAGCGGGAGGCGCUGCGGACGAUAGAGCGGGAGGCAUGGCGGACGAUAUAGUGGGAGGCGGGGCGGACGAUAGAGCGGGGAGUAACACGCGGGUGGGCGAGAGAGGUGACGUGGAUGAUAGCACAAAAGCCUCUCAUACUGGAGACGUGCUGAUGACAGCCGGCGCGGCCGUGACAGCAGCAGCACAUGACCGGAUGUCUCAAGAGUAUCAAGUUGCGGUUCAGAGCGGUGCUGAGGGGUGUGUCGGGGGCGCGUCAGGGGACGAUAGAGCGGCAGGUGCGGCGGAUAGUGCAAGCCGUGGCGACACGACCGUGACGGCAGCUCAGGCGAUUCGAGAAUGUCAUACCACGACGGUUGAGAGCGGUGCUGAGGGGUGCGUGGGGGAGGGGGAGGCGGAGGGCGGACAGGCGGAGAGCGCAAGCGGGGCAGAGCGGAGAGUGGCGGACGGGGAAGUGGCUGCAGCGGGGGCUACUAGCGGACGAGGCGCAGUGGCGGAGUGUUCGGGGGAGAGAUUUGGGGAAGGGUUGGCGGAAGGAUUGGCGGAGCGGAUCCGCGCGCUGGUUGAUGCGGCGGACAUGGGCGCAGUGUGGGAGGCGCAAGGGUCAAGCCUGGGCGCGCUACAGGACACGGCGGCCAUCCUGGCGCAUUUCAACGCAUUUUCGCUCAAGGCGCUGGCAUCUGAAGCCCCUGCCAUGCGCUCGCACACUGCCGCCCUACAUGCUUUACAGAGUGAUCUCAUGCGCUCAUUCAGAAAAAUCAGGGAAAUGAAGGCGAAGUUGAGAAAGGCAUUCCCAAACGCGUUCAAG